AUGACCCUCAUGUCACCCCCCGACCCUCAUGUCACCCCCGACCCUCAUGUCACCCCCGACCCUCAUGUCACCCCCGACCCUCAUGUCACCCCCGACCUUCAUGUCACCCCCCCCCCAACCCUCAUGUCACCCCCCGACCCUCAUGUCACCCCAACCUUCAUGUCACCCCCGACCCUCAUGUCACCCCCGACCCUCAUGUCACCCCAACCUUCAUGUCACCCCGACCCUCAUGUCACCCCCGACCCUCAUGUCACCCCCAACCUUCAUGUCACCCCCGACACUCGCAUCGUCUACGGAGACCUGAUUAUGUUGUGA